AUGGAGAUCCCUUCUCACGCUUGGGAGAUCAUCCUCCCCUAUCUCCGCCAACCAAUUCCCUUACCCCGCUCCAAAUCCCCUCGUAGCGCUCUUCGUCAGCCUGAGCUCUGUGUUUUGAGCAGACUCUUUAACUCUAUCGUCGAGCCGCUACUCUGGUCCGCACCCGUCCCCGACAAUCUCAGUCUGUUUCUGCACGACUUCCAUCUCCCCUCCAAACAACGCCUCUUUGCUCGGAUCCGCUCUCUCCACAUCGAAUACAACCUGCACGGCGAGGAACCUUCGCUGCUGGCGUUGUUCACAACCGGUCGAGACGCGUGGAAGUCUUUCGGGUUGAGCGGACCGGAGAGGGAGGAGAAGAUGGUGCGGGAGAUGGCGCUGGAGGUGCGGUUGAUGUCUAUGCGGCUGAACGAGGUGGGGAAGAGGACGACAUUGAAGCGGCUCUUCCCCAAGCUGGAGACAAUUGCCGUUGCCUCCAUCUAUCAGGUGGAGGACUCGGUGUGGCCCGUCGGUCACUGGAGGCGCUACGAGGACCUUCACGCCCAACACUCCCCUCUCCUCCGGGACGCCCUUAGCACGCGGGACGUCAACGGGACCUUUGAGCGGCUGCUCAAAAACUCUACCCUCCAGCACCUCUGUACUAGGGAUCACUACGGACCCCUCGCGAUCUCUCCUAUGACGUUCGAGUCUCGCGGUCCCCCUUCCACUUAUGCCAUCACACACCAUUUCCAACCCAACGUGGACCAGCUCCCCAUCCGAUUUGGCGGGAAGACCCGGUGGGUCAGCGACGCCCCAUCCUCCACCAAGUGGAAGGAAUCGAUGUGGCCAAAAUUGAUUCAAUCCUUUCACUAUACAAUCUCCGUCCGGUCCAGCGACUUUGUCACCAAGACGUUCGGGCGGAGUAAGACGGAUACCCUCAACAUCACCAUGUACUGCUCCACCGAGGACUUUACGGACGGCUAUCCCGAGCCGCAGUUCCGGGACGACGAUUACUGUCCGGAACAGGUCAAGCCGUCCGGUCCCCCUCGCCCCCCUCCACCUCCGAAUCCGGACCACGCAUUCUGGCUCAAGCGCACCAUGCACGUCUCGAACAUGGCGCGCUCGAUACAGAAGAUGUUCCGGGAUGGUAGUGGGCUGAAGGAUGAGUUUUACUGGGAUCUGAGCGAGAAUGCGCCAGUGUGCGAGGCGUGCGGAUCACGCCCGCCUCACUGGCCUAGGGCGGUGGGGAUGCUGGCGGGACGAGGUGAUUAUGCCAAGCAGACGGCCGAGGAGGAGAGGGAGCUCUGGGCGCCAUGGAUGGAUAUCGACAAGGCUUACCGGGACCGGGACUAG